CCAGGAGCCUGGCCUGGAGGCUUAGGCCCGAGAACAGACUCCAACUACUACAGCCUCGGUGACUUCCACAGAGCGGUGCAGCAUUUUGAGAAGAGCUUCCGGAAGCGGCCACGAGGCGGAAACCGGAAGCUGGACGCAACCAUUACUUCCUCCCGCACUGCUUUCCUACUUUUAGUUUCCGCUUUUCUCUCAUAAAAGAGACAAAUAAAAAUAAAUUAAACCUUCCGCGGCUAAAAGUUCCUAAUUCUAUUUCUGGUAUUCUUAAAACCUAAUCGUCGUGGAAGAAAAGAAAAAUUAAAAAGUGGACCCCCCCAAACUGGAUAAUGGUUCCGCCUAGUUGCCACGGAGACGAGAGCAACACCGGCGGAGAGCUAGGCCGGACUGCAUGGCCACGUUAGCCCGGCUGCAGGCUCGCUCGAGUUUUAUAGAAAAUCAGUACUACUUUAGAAACAGUGUUGUGGAUGCAUUUAGAAAAAAAGAGAAUUGUGCAGCAGUUAAAAUCCAGAGCUGGUUUCGGGGGUGCCAAGUCCGAGCAUACAUCAGGCAUUUACACAGAGUAGCAAUAAUUAUUCAAAAAUGGUGGAGAGGUUACUUAAGCAGAAAACUCUAUCAACUUAAGGUGGAGGUAGCGUAUUAUACUAUGAAGAUGGAUCUCUACAAUGCAAUGGCUGUCAGGAUUCAGAGUCGGUGGCGAGCCCAUAAAGUUCGGAAAUACUGCUUUAAUUAUUUUUAUUAUAAACAAUACUUGAGAGCUGUUUCAGAAGCCAAUGAAACAAUUAGGGAGAUCCUGCAGGAGUACGCGGAGAGUCAAGAAAGCGAAGAGAAGAAGGCUAAGCUGGAAAGGGAGGAGAAGCGGAGGGAAGAGGACACCCGGAAGACGCAUUACCUCCUCAGCACGAAGCAGAUUCCAGGUAUAUACAAUUCACCAUUCAGAAAAGAGCCGGACCCUUGGGAGCUACGGCUGCAGAAGGCAAAGCCUCUGGUCCCUCGGAGACGGAGAGUCCAGCAGGAGCACUGCCCGGAGCUGACCGCCUGGCUGGCCUGCACCAGCGUCCGCUCUUUCCCUCGGCCCGAUGGUCUGCCUCCGAUCACUACGAAGCCCUGCCAGGGGCCCUUCCGAAAUAUCAACGAAGUAUUAGAGCAACGCUACAAACCUUUGGAGCCCACACUGCGAGCGGCACAACCCGUGGAUGAGUUGAAGCGGGCCAGAGAGGAGUUCCGACGACAAGAGCGGGUGCGAAACAUCAGUGACAAAAUGUUUCUGCCAUUUUCUUCCCACCAUAAAAAAGAAAACUAUAUGCCAUCCCUGCUUUCCUCAAGCAAGUACAACCCCGGUUCCUGCAGAAAACAAGACUUCCGGAGUGAAAACCCCAGGAGAUGGGUCUGCGACAAGUCUGCAAAGAAAAAUUCUGCACCUCCGGAGAGCAGCUGCCGCCCAUGUCUUAUUCAUCGUGCGUUGCCGGACCACGUCUCCCGAGAUCACACAGGUCAUGGGGCAUCUGGGAUUUCUGGAGGAGAACUAGCCGCACGCCCAGCCCCUCGCCUCGGGCCCUCUCGCGUCCAGACACCGGGCACCAUGCACUCUUGUCCAAGUGAGGUGCUGGGACAGAGCAGGAAACAGACAAAAGACCUGAUUCAAGGGUGUCCAUCCUGAGCUGGGGAGGACAGAAAACAAAGUGGAUGGCUAGGCUACAUCACAUCACA